GCCGCCCAAUGAGCGGCCGCGUUAGACGGUGGGGGCGGGGCCCGGCGCCGGGGUGUUUGGAUUCGAAUGCGCGUCGCGACCCUGAGGGGCGGCGGCGCAGGCGCAGUGUGCGGCGAGGCAGCGCUGCCCCCUAGCGCCGGGGCGCGGCAUGCCGGGCGAGGAGGAGGAGGAUGGCGAGCAGGGGGUCGGGGGGGUCGCAGCCCCCUCCCCGCCGGCUGAGGAGGGGGACACCCGGCAGCGCUACGAGGAGCUGUGCAGCAGCCUCAACAUGGACGAGCGCGCCAGCUCCGAGGCCUGGCUCAGCUACCAGAGCAUGAAGCGCAACUACACCCUGGAGGGCAAUGAUCUGCACUGGCUAGCGUGUGCCUUGUACGUGGCUUGCAGAAAAGCAGUUCCCACAGUGAGCAAAGGGACAGCUGAGGGAAAUUACGUAUCUUUAACCAGAAUUCUGCGCUGUUCAGAACAAAGCUUAAUCGAGUUUUUUAACAAGAUGAAAAAAUGGGAAGACAUGGCAAAUCUCCCUGCCCAAUUCAGAGAACGAACUGAGAGAUUAGAGAGAAACUUCACUGUUUCUGCUGUCAUUUUUAAGAAAUAUGAGCCCAUUUUUCAGGACAUUUUCAGAUAUCCUCAAGAAGAUCAACCUCGUCAACAGAGAGGGAGAAAACAGAGACGACAACCAUGUACUGUGACAGAAGUUUUCCAGUUUUGUUGGUUGCUGUUUGUUCAUGCAAAAGGUAAUUUUCCUAUGAUCAGUGAUGACUUGGUCAAUUCGUACCAUCUCUUGUUAUGUGCAUUGGAUCUAGUGUAUGGAAAUGCUCUCCAGUGUCCAAACCGUAAAGAACUUCUGAAUCCUAAUUUUAACGGUCUACCUGAAGACUUUCACAGUAAGGAUUAUAAGGUAUCAUCUGAUCCUCCCUGCAUCAUUGAAGAACUGUGUUCAUUACAUUACGGAUUAGUUUUAGAAGCAAAAGGCAUAAAGGAACAUUUUUGGAAGCCAUAUAUUCGGAAACUUUUUGACAAAAAGCUUUUGAAAGGAAAAGAUGAAAAUCUGACUGGAUUUCUUGAUCCUGGGAACUUCGGGGAUAGCUUCAAAGCCAUCAACAAGGCCUAUGAGGAGUAUGUUCUGUCAGUAGGAAAUCUUGAUGAGCGAAUAUUUCUUGGGGAGGACGCAGAUGAAGAAAUUGGAACUCUCACAAGGUGCUUAAAUACAGCUUCAGGAACGGAAACAGCUGAAAGAGUACAAGUGAAGCAUAACUUGCAGCAGCACUUUGACAGGUCCAAAUCACUCAGGAUUACAACUCCGCUAACUGGCCGCAAAUAUAUUAAAGAGAGCAACCCAUAUGUGACACCUGUUUCAAUGGCAACAUACAGCUUAAGCCGCCUUCACACAAUGCUGGCAGGGCUGAAAAAUGCCCCCAGUGAAAAUCUGGAGCAAAUACUCAGGUCAUGUUCCAGAGAUCCUUCUCAAUCUAUUGCCAACAGAGUAAAAGAAAUGCAUGAAGUAUACUGCCAGAGCACGCAGGCUGAAGGAGAAUUCAGUAAUUUUUCCAAAGAUGUUGCCAGUAAGCAUUUUCGUCGUGCUGAGGUGCUAUACUACAAGGUCUUGGAGUCUAUCAUUGAGCAAGAGAGGAAGAGACUGGGAGACACUGACUUAUCUGCAAUACUGGAGCAGGAUGUGUUUCAUAGAUCGCUGCUGGCAUGUUGCCUUGAGAUCAUUACCUUCACAUACAAGCCACCUGGAAACUUCCCAUUCAUCCCUGAAAUAUUUGACAUUCCAGUGUAUCAUUUUUACAAGGUAAUUGAGGUUUUCAUCAGAGCAGAGGAUGGCCUUUGUCGGGAAGUAGUAAAACACCUCAAUCAUAUUGAGGAGCAGAUCUUGGAAAGCAUGGCCUGGAAACAAGAAUCCAUAGUGUGGGACAGAAUCAGAGAUAAUGAAAACAGGGUUCCUACUUGUGAAGAGGUAAUGCCACCUCACUAUUUUGAGAGAUCUGCUGGGAACAGUGUUGUGGGUUCUCCGUUGACACCCAGACGAAUAAAUGAGGUCCGUGCUGAAACUGGAGGACUAGGGAAAGGCGUUUCAUCCCCUUCGACCACCCUGUAUGACAGAUACAGCUCUCCUACAGCCAAUCCUACAAGGAGAAGGCUGUUUGCUGAUAACGAUAAUACCUCUGAGAGCAGCACUCCAGUGAGAGUUUCCCAACAGCCUGUGGUGAAUACGGUGCCUGUGCAGAACAUGAAUCCUGAAGCGAUGUCAGUAACCCCAGUGCCUGGCCAGACACUGGUUACAGUGGCAACUGCUACUGUAACCGCCAACAAUGGGCAAACAGUGACAAUACCAGUACAAGGUAUCGCCAAUGAAAGCGGAGGAAUAACUUUCUUCCCAGUCCAGGUAAAUGUGGGUACCCAGGCUCAGGCUGUUCCUGGCUCCAUUCAGCCCCUCAGUGCCCAGGCGCUUACAGGUACCUUGAACACCCAGGUGACAGGGGCUACGCUGCAGUUGCCCAGCCAGGUCACUGUGCAGCAGAUCUCUCCUGGAGAGCAAAGACAAACCCAGCCCUUUGCCACUGCCACGUCCAUCAGACCACGGAAGAUGAGCUCGCUUUCACUCUUCUUUAGAAAGGUGUACCAUUUAGCUAGCGUUCGCCUGAGAGAUCUUUGUGUCAAGCUCGAUGUAACCGAUGAGCUGAGGAAAAAGAUCUGGACCUGUUUUGAGUAUUCCUUGGUACACUCCCCUGAAAUCAUGAUGGACAGACACCUGGAUCAGCUGUUGAUGUGUGCCAUCUACAUAAUGGCUAAGGUGACCAAGGAGGACAGAUCCUUUCAGAAUAUUAUGCGCUGCUAUCGGACACAACCACAAGCCAAGAGUCAUGUAUAUCGGAGUGUACUGAUAAAGGGCAGGAGAUGUCGACACCGCUCUGGGAGCAGCGACAGCAGCAGCCAGCAGAACUCACCUACAGACAGAAGUAAAGAGAGGAAUAAGGAAAGAAGCAGCAGAGACUCCAGCCCCGUGAUGCGAUCCAGCAGCACCCUGCCUGUCCCACACCCCAGCAGUGCCCCCCCAACCCCAACCCGGCUGACUGGGGCCAACAGCGACACUGAGGAGGAGGAGCGAGGGGACCUCAUACAGUUCUAUAACAACAUCUAUAUCGAGCAGAUCAAAGAAUUUGCCCUGAAGUACACCUCAAAUGCAACCGACUCCCCUCCGCUCUCGCCCUACCCGUUUGUGCGGUUGGGCUCCCCUCGCCGUGUGCAGCUGUCCCAGAAAUAUCCCGUGUACAUCUCACCGCACAAAAAUGAGUCCGCGCUCUCUCCUCAAGAGAAAAUCUUCUACUACUUCAGCAGCAGCCCAUCGAAGAGGCUAAAGGAAAUUAACAGCAUGGUUAGAACUGGAGAAACUCCAACAAAGAAGAGAGGCAUUCUCUUGGAAGAUGGAACUGAAGCACCAGCCAAGCGCAUCUGCCAGGAGAAUCACACUGCUCUGCUAAGGCGGCUACAAGACGUAGCAAAUGACCGAGGCUCUCACUGAGCCCAGUGUUCCAGCACAGGUAUUCCUUCCUUGUUUCCGUCCCUCCCUGCAGCUUCACCAGCCAGGCUGUGUCACCCAGUGCAUGGGGUGACCAGGCCAUGGCACAUGUCCUCAGCCAUGCUCACCUCUGCACUGUGGCCAAGCCGAUCCCAAGGCAAGCAGCCCAGCACUAGGCCUUGGCUACAGAGCAGUGAAGAGCUUUAUCUUGCUUGGAGAACACACCCUUAAUUCCACUCUUUACCUUGGGGCAGGUAUUUACCUACAUUUGCUCUGACCUGUCCCCUCAUGCUGCUUUUACCAGUGCUUCACCUUUGGACUGGGAAGUUACCAUGUGUCAGAUCUGGGUGCAGCCCUCCCACGACGCUGUGCAUUUGUUUUUAAAUAAAGACCCCCACAAAACCAAUGACUUAAAAGUGAUAUCCAUAAGAAAGUCCAGUUCAGCUUGGAGGGGGAAGAUGGGGAAUAGCCUUUUGGAGCUCCAGAGGAAGCUCCAAGUGGAUUGUUUCCAUAGUCAGGAUGUUCUUUGUGCCUCUGAAAGCCACCCCCGCUGUUGCUGUGUCAGGCACUGGCUGAGCCAGGUGAUGCUCUGGACUGAGCUGUGAGCAGCAGACAGUACUUGGGGCCAGGCUACGAGCAUUAGUGCUGCCUGUGAGGCAGAACUCUUG